UACAAUUCACCACGUCCUGUCACCGUGAGAGUCUGCACCAGAAAGGCGUACGAAACUACAUGUCCUACCAAAAUGUCAAGCUGCUCGCCGACACUAGCGGAGGAGAAUCGCCCUUCAAAGUUGGUCGCCGGUGCUAAACUUGUGAUGAAAGGUUCGAUAGUAGCGGGCCUCAUCUACUGGACGUCCGUGGAGGGGAUGUGGGGGGAUUCCCGUCAGACUGAGAAUCUCUACUACAGGGUGAUGGCCACUAUCGCUCCAAACCUGCCGGACAUACCCGGGAUGGAGCAACUGCCGCGCAUUGAUAAAAUGAUCCAUGGUAUUUUUGAGGGAUACAAUCAUGCUGUUGUGGCGCUCAUGCAUGUUUUAAUUACUGUACCCACGGUGAUAUCACAAAAAAUGGGAGAGAUAUUGUGCCCGGAGAGCAGGGAGAUCGAGGAUGAUGAGACGACGAAAUAAAUUGAGGAAAAAAUUGGUUUUGCCUUUUUAUGGGUGAUGUUAAAAAAUUAUUUCAACACUGAAUGUUUAUACCGAGGGGAAAAUUAAUUUUUCUACCGGUUUAUCUCGUAUGUAAAAUUAGAUUUCUUAUAAAGAAUAAUUAUUAUAAUGUUUUUCUUUUAAUACUUUUUCUUUGAUAGAU